AGUUUCUAAAAUAUUGGAGAAUCAAAAGGGGCUUUGAAAUUUAAUUUUGUUAACUCUCAAAAACAAAAAAUCACAUCGAAAUUGGAAAAAGAAGAGUAAAUGCUCCUGAUAAUAUAUUUUAUACUGAGAGAGAGGAAAAGAUUUUAGCUACAUAUUAUUUUUACUUGUGCCACUGUGCCGGGUCAUAAACAGCUGUUUGCGCAUCCGCCACUUGAAGACACACCGGUUAAUGGCAAAUUCGACUGGGAUUGUUCUAAUUACUGGACCACCAGGUGUGGGCAAGACCACUUUAGUGCGCAAAAUCUGUGCAAAUCUUUCGGGAGUAAGAAAACUACAGGGAUUCUAUACCGAAGAAGUCCGGGAUGAAAGCCAUCAGCGCAUUGGUUUUGAUGUAGUCACACUGGCGGGACAACGUGGCAUACUGGCACGGGUGCAGGACCCAUCAGAAAACUAUUUGCCGUGUCCCAAAGUGGGCAAAUAUUCCGUGUAUUGCCUAGAUUUUGACAAAGUAAUUUUGCCCAUACUUAAUGAUAAUAAGGAACCGUCUUCAUCUUUGUGGGUUAUUGAUGAAGUGGGUAAAAUGGAAUUGUGCAGCUUCCCCUUUGAAGACGCUCUCGAGGAACUCAUUUAUUGCCAAGUGCCUUUGCUGGCCACCAUACCCCAGCAGGGACAGUCGCUACCUAUGGUGAAGCUACUGAAGCAACAACCUGGAGCUGUUAUCUAUCAUGUGACCGAAAGCAAUCGAGAUGCUUUGUGUGCAACUAUUACAGAAUAUCUUACAAAAUAAAUCAUUUGGAUCUUUAUUUAA